AUGAACCCAGUGCAGGGCACCCUGAUGCCGUUUCUGUAUCCUUGCUUUUUCCAUACGUCCACUGCAAAUUGCCUGCGCGUUCAAGCACAUCGGAUUCGACUUCACAACCGUCUCCGCCUCCAAUACCUACAUCAAACAAGUCGACUUAACAGUCCACCCGAUGUAGAGACAAAUGCGUCUCUCCACAGCCCUGCCUCCGAAGUGUCCAUACCUCCUACCUCCGCUACUUCGACCCACCUGAAUCCUUCCCCCGACGAUUACUCCCGUUCGAUCUUCAUCGACAAAUGCCAAAUAACCGUCCACGCAGGCUCCGGUGGGAGCGGGUGCGUGUCGUUCCUGCGCGACGCUCAUAUAGCCGAUGGACCACCCAACGGUGGCGACGGCGGGUCUGGGGGGAGCGUCUUCAUCCAAGCCGUCCCGGGACAAACGUCUCUCCAUAAACUUGCGAGGCGAGGUAUCAUAAAAGCUGGUCGCGGCAUAGGAGGCCAAGGAAAAUCCCAGGGUGGGCGCCGAGGAGAGGAUAUCUGUGUCCAGGUCCCCGUUGGGACGGUCGUACGAGAAAUCUGGCGGAGCGACCCCAGCGCGGAAGAAGAGAUUCGCAUCAAAGAACUCCAGGCGAUGAGCGAUGAGCCAGAUCUCUUGAAUAAUCCUGACAAUGGUUUGAGGAACAGAUUCAUCAUCUAUGCUGGUGCCACGACUGCCGACGACCGCCGACAAAUUUCCUCGCAUCUGCCCUCUCUCAAUUCUCACUUGGUGAAACCCAAAAAAUCACAUCUUGCCAUUCUGCAGCCUCGUGCACCUAUCCACCUAGACCUGGACAAGCCCAUGGACAAACCGAUCCUGCUGGCCGCGGGAGCUGUGGGGGGACUGGGAAACCCGCACUUUGCGACAAAAUCCGACCCAAAGCCGAAAUUCGCGACGAAGGGUGAACUAGGCGUGCGGAUCAAACUCGAGCUGGAACUCAAGUUGUUGGCGGAUGUGGGACUCGUCGGGCUACCUAACGCAGGCAAAAGCACAUUCACGAGGGCGAUAUCGAAUUCAAGGACGAGGAUAGGUGACUGGGCGUUCACCACUCUCGCACCUACAAUUGGAACGGUCAUCCUGGACAACAAUGAAGGGCGCCCGUUGGUGCGUUCCGGCAUUCCAUCCCCCGGUUCUAUGAACUCAUCUUCAUCUGGAAGCUUUGUGCCGCGUCAGUCUUUUACUGUGGCAGACAUUCCUGGGCUCAUCGAAGAUGCACAUUUGGAUAAGGGCCUCGGCCUCUCGUUCCUCCGACACAUUGAGCGGGCAAGGAUCUUGGCUUUCGUGGUGGAUCUAUCCGCGGGAGAUGCCGUCACACAGCUGAAGGCCUUGUGGAAAGAGGUUGGAGAGUACGAGAAUCUCCGGGAUCGAGAAGUGAGUGAGCAGACAGAGGCAAGGUUGAUCAAUUGGUCGCCCUUCGAGGCCCAAGCUGCGCCACCCACGGAGGACGGACUAUUCAACGACGAAGGGGAGGAAAUCUCAAUAUUCCCGUCGGGAUCCUCUCGCUCGUCUACGACACUCGAACCAUUAGCUUACCCUCCCAUCAGUGCGAAACCUUGGUUCGUCAUCGCCACUAAGGCAGACAUCUCUCAAACAGCGACCCAGUUCAUGACGCCAGGAGAAGCCAAUCCCACCUCAACCCAAACAAACUUUCUGUCUCUAGCAGCCUAUAUGAGGCAAGUGGAACGUGGAGAAGUGGAACACCCCAGCGGGAAACAAAACGGAUGGCGGAAUCGCGUGGCGGCGAUACCUGUAAGCGCGAUCAAGGGGGAAGGAAUUGAUAAGGUCAAAGAUAUACAGCCGGCGUUCUGGAUAGCCUUGUCGUUGGUCGCUGAAAUGUGGGAUAUGAAACUAGGAGCAGUCGCAGCGAAGCAAGUUGCGGAGACUCGAUGGGGGUCGGUCCAUGCGCUUGAGAGCGAAGGGCUGGGAAAAGCGAAAGGAGGCGAGGGGGAAGAGAUUCUCUAG